AUGCCUACCCGAUUAAAUCUUCCGCCCGUCACUCGUGUCGUCCUUUUCGUGCUUCUCUCACAGACAUUCCUAGGCUUUGCAAUCAAAUACCGGCACUGGACUCGCUCUUCACAGUUUGUUAUUGCGUGGCUUGCUCUCCUGCCUAAUGUCUCUCUCAUAUAUCCAUGGACACUACUCACCACAACAUUAUUCGAGAAAAACUUGGUCACCUUGGCUAUCAGUGCGGUUACCAUCUUCUACAGCGGAAGGUACCUGGAGAGGGCGUGGACGUCAGUGGAAUUUGCUAAAUUCCUCCUCGUCGCGUCACUAAUACCUAACGUGCUCUGCUAUGGCUUUCUCACAAUACUUUUCACACUAACCGGACAGUCGCACUGGAUGCUUAUCACCAUCAAUGGCACCAUCGGCCUACAGAUCGCUUUCUUGGUCGCCUUCUCGCAACUCAUACCUGCACAUACUGUCACUAUAUUUAAAGGCAUCAUUUGUCUCAGGGUGCCUCGGUUCCCUCUUCUUUAUAUCCUCGGCAUCUCCCUGCUGACUCUUGCGCCCGUAUUGAGCAUGGCUUCUUUCUUGCUCGUUAUAACUGGCUUCCUCACAAGCUGGACUUAUCUUCGAUUUUUCAAGCAAUCCUUCCCCGAUCUCCAGACAUCGCAAUCCUCUCUGCGUGGCGACAGCAGCGAGUCAUUUGCCCUCGUGGAAUUUUUCCCUGGCGCCCUUAAGCCUGUCAUAUCUCUCCUCUCAAACUCUAUAUACAACAUACUUGUAAAAUUACACAUAUGUCCUCCAUUCCCUACAGGCGAACAUUCCUUACCGCGUAUUGACUCACUCGCACAGCGAAAUACGCCAGGAACUGCACGUGCUGAAGCAGAACGUAGACGGGCUUUAGCACUAAAGGCAUUAGAUCAAAGGUUACACGCCGCCACAGCCAGCUAUUCUAAGCCCCAUAAUCCAGGGUCAACAGUAUCAGUCCCGAACUUUCAAUUACAAACUCAACCAAAUAUGCAGGCGCCUAUAGCCAUGCUGGGCGAGACAAACUACAACCCAGAGAGGGAAGAGGACAAAUAA